CACUUUGUUUUUGGUGCAAGUCCAAGAUGGCUCCACUUGUUUGUCCGGAGGAAGUGGACGUGUUCAGAAUUCCACAUUUACGCAUGAAACAGAUCAUUUCUGACGCUUCUGAAAAGAUAUCAACAGCAAACUUCAGGGACAGCGGUUCAUUAGGAAGACUUCUCUCCAGCUUUUAUGAUAUUUUCCAAGAGCUGAAACAUCAUGAAGAAGUGGAAAAUAGCUGCAUUAUGCGAACUCUUCAAAGACGGCUCACAGAUGAUCAGAUUCGUGCAAUUGUCAAAGACGUCCACAAGCAUAGCCAUGUCCAGGAGAUUCUGGCCUUGAUAAGAAAAGGGUUUAAGAAGACAAACAAAAGUAAAACAUUACUCACCAUGAUUAAUUAUGAAACAAAGUUGAAAAGAGCGAUAGAUGAGUUUGAGAGGGAUAUCAUUCCCCACAUGAAACACGAGGAAGAGGUGUUCCAGCCCUUGCUGAUGGAGCAUUUCACAUUUGCAGAACUGAAAUCCAUCAGAGAGGAAGUUGUUGGUCUUCAUAAAGCUUUCUUUGAGAAUAAAGAAGUGGAAGAGCCUCCCAAACACUUUGAUAAUAAAAGCACAUGCAACGAGCAAUUAUCAGACAGUGAAAGCACUACAGAUAACGACAGUGAUAAUGUGGUGGCCCAGUCAAAUGGCAAACUAAAGGCUAAAUCGACCCAAGUCACCCUGAUCCACAAUCUUCCACCUGAAAUACUGAACAAGAUAUUCAGCUAUUUAAAUCCUAAAGACUUGUGCCGCACCUCUCAGGUGUGCAAAUCCUGGUCGGUUUUUGCCAAAGAUGGACAGUUAUGGAAACAUCUGUAUCCUGUUCGCUGGAUCUGCAAGAAUGAUUGGUGUUUUGGAGAAGUGGAGGAUACAGAUUGCAAUUGUAAUAAGAAAGUCAUUAGCAGAUUUCUGGAGUCUGGUGUUGAAGGGCUUCAAAUAAGCAGCUCAUAUGCUGAUGCUGAUGCAGACAUGGAUGAGUCGGGUGAGAGUGAUGAUGACUGUAGUCAGGGUUCUAGUGCACAGAUUCAAAGACUUCUUGGCAUCACUAACUACCUUCUGCCCCUGGUUGGCAAACAUGUACAGACGCUCAAGUUGGCCUGCUGUCCAUACCUGUCAAAUGGACUGGUGUUUAAGAUGCUGUCACAUUGUCCUAAUGUGGAGCGCCUGGACCUGUCGCAGACUGCUGUAUCUGACUAUGGCUUAAAGGGGUUAUUCCGGCGUGGUGGGGGGUCCCAACUGAAAACCUUUGAUGUCUCCGGGUGCAGUAACCUAACAGACAAGGCCCUAGUGAGCCUGUCUAGUGCCCUUGGUGAGGCCACCUCAAAUGCUGACAUUGAGGAGGGAAGGUGUGAUUGUACGGCAGCAUGCAAGUGUUCCAAGGUGGAUGAGCAGAAUUUGCAAGGGAAGAGGACCCUCCGAUAUUUGAGCCUAUCAGGCUGCUACCAGCUAACAGAUGCUGGAUUAAGAUCACUGGCAAGCAAUGGUGGACUUCCCACACUGGAAUUCUUGGACUUAUCAGGCUGUUUGAAUGUUACGGCACAAGGUCUGUGUGACCUUGUAUCUGUGUGUCCUUCCCUGGACCAUGCCCAGUUCUUUUAUUGCGAUAACAUUGAUGCAGGACCAUACCCAGAUACAGCGAGUGGAUGCCAAAAUCUUGAAUGCACCAACCGAGUGUGCUGCCGUCUAGGAGAGUGAAUAAUGGGUGUGAUGGAAGGAAUCAAGUUGUUCAUAGAUUCUAUAAAGUGUAGCUCACAUCACAUCAAAAGUCAAAUGCUUUUAGAAUGGACUUUUUUGGCUUUAUGCACACAGUCUUUCUUGUCUUCUGCCACUUUUUUCAUGUUUUCUAGUUUUCAAACGUUUUCUUUUGUGUCAUUUAACAACAAAAUGUUAAUAUUUAUGUAGUACCAUAAAGAAAAUGGCAGGAGAGAUCAAGGACAUACAAGUUUACUAGUGGUCAAUAAGUUGAAGUAUAUUACACCAAAGUGUAUUUCUCACUUUCUACCCCCUGGGAUUAAAGUGUCGCCAUGUACAGAUGAAAUGGGAAAAUUCACUCAACAUGAAUGAUGCUUUUUCAAGUUUAAUAUUCAAAAUGUUCUAAAAACUUUAUUUUAUGUUCCAAAUCUUUUUUCCCCAAAAGAUAGUUAUUAUAAUUGUGUGCAUAACAACUGUGAGAUUGCCUAAUAAGUUUAUUGUGAAUUUGAUAUUCUAGCUUAAAGCAAACAUGAAGUGUAUAUGGAUAGUGUUAUGUUUAUGUUAAAAAGGUUAUUAUUAAUAAGUAUAAAUCAGUAAAAUGCAUGCUUGUAUUGCUGUUGCAUUUAUUACCAUUUACCAGCAAAUCUGAAAGACCAUGCCAACAUAUGCUGUGUAGGUACUGUUCCAGGCUGAUAAGAUGGUCAUCUAUAAAGUUGGUUCUCGCUAGGUUGAAGUGUAACACAAGUGAUAUCAGGUCCAAUGCACAAAUCAAGCAGUUCUCUAACUCUGUGAGAAUUGAGAGUCACUUUGUGGUGUGCUUGAAUCCUAGGGAAACCCAACCUCAGUAACUAGCACCUCCAAACGAUCCCAUCAGGGGAGUUGGAAUAGAUUUUGACAGCAGAAUUGUGCAAAAUAAAACCACGAAAUACUC